UGAAGCCGGAAGACAGAGCUGUGACAUCAGAGCGACGCAGAGGUCAGAAACCCUCUCUUACAGCCAUCUUGGAUCCUGUGCCCUGAUCUAUCCAGAAUGCCAGGCGAAGCCACAGAAACUGUCCCUGUUACAGAGCAGGAGAUGCAGCAGCCCCAGGCUGAGACGGCCACACCUGCUGCUGCGGCCCCUACUACCUCUCAGGCAAAACCUAAAGAGGGCAAAACUAACCCCAAGCUGUCCUCUUCUCAUGCCACCACUCCUAAGCCAGUUCCUGCCGGACGCAGGAAGCGUUCUUCUCUAUCUGCCUCAUCAAGCUCCCCCACCUCUCCUAAAUCUGCCUCCGGGCCACGUGCUACCCCUCCAUGUUCCCCUUUGGCCUCCCCUCCAGUUGACUCUCCUGUAGCUUUGAAAGCUGAGCAAUCUGCUCCCAAGGUGGUAAAGGCUGGCAAACAAGGGAAGCAACAGAAAACAAAGAAUUUUAAACCUGCCGAACAUGAGCAGGCGCCUCCCCCUGCCUCCAAGCCUGCUCAAGAGUCGGCACCAGUGGCAGCUCUGCCAUCUCCUGCUGUACCAAUUCCAGAGGUAUCAAAACCAGCAGCUGAUGCUUCCCCUGCCUCUCCCAAAGUUGCUUUGGCUCCUGUGGCCUUUAAAGUGACUUCAAAAUCUGCUGUCCCAGCACCCAAGUCAUUUUCAGAAGCCGUGGCCACCUGUCCACCCAAAGUGGCUGAAACCCCUAAGUUUGCCUCUGAAGCUCCAAAAGUGGCAAAGACUGGCCCUGCCCAAGUGCCAAAUGUGAAUCCAGCCACUGCUGCACCAUCAAAACCUGCUCCUAGGGUUCUGCCUGCAGAGUUAGAGGAUGAUGAUCUCCCACCUCUCUUACCACCUGAGAAUCCUUUUACAAUGCCUGCUUUCCCCCCCAUGCCACCUAGUGUAAUUACCCCAACAGCUCCUAAAGCUGAACCUGUCGCCUCCAGUAAAGCUGAAUCUGGCCCUGCCCCUAAAGCAAAGAUUGCUCCUAAAGCUAAGCCAGCUCCUAAAGUUGAUCCUGUCCUCACCCCUAAAGGAGAGACUACCCCUGUACAGAAAGCGGUUCCUGCGCCUAAAGUAGAGCCUAUCUACACCCCUAAAGAUGAGUCUACUCCUGUCCCUAAAGCUGAGGCUGCCCAUAAGAUAGAGGCUGCUCCUGCACCUAAAUCUAAGUCUACCCCUAUCCCUAAAGCUGAGCCUGCUCCUGCCGCUAAAGUUAAAACUGAGGUGGUGGCCCCUAAAGUUGAGCCUGCUCCUGCUGCUAAAGUUAAACCUGUUGCUGCUCCUAAAGCUGGGGUGGUGGCCCCUAAUGCAGAGUCUACUCCUACCACUCAGUUGGAGCCUGCUGUUAAAGUCGAGACUGCUGCCGCUAAAGUUGAGGCUGCUGCCCCUGCCGUUAAAGUUAAGCCUGCCCCUAAAACGAAGUCUGAUUCUACCUCUAAGGUUGAGCCAGCUGCUGCCCCUAAAGUUGAAGCUGCUGCCCCUAAAGUUAAACCUGUGCCUGCCCCUAAAGUUGAGGCUGCUGCCCCUACCCCUAAAGUCCAACCUGCGCCUGCCCCUAAAGUCAAACCUGCUGUGCUUGCACCUGAAGUAGAGGCUGCUGCCCCUAAAGUUAAACCUCUGUCUGCCCCUAAAGUUGAGGCUGCUGCCCCUACCCCUAAAGUCCAACCUGUGCCUGCCCCUAAAGUCAAAUCUGCCCCUUCCCCUAAAGUCAAACCUGUCCCUGCCCCUAAAGUUGAGGCUGCUGCGCCUGCCCCUAAAGUUGAGGCUGCUGCCACUAAAGUUAAACCUGCGCCUGCCCCCAAAGUAGAGGUUGCUGCGCCUGCCCCUAAAGUUGAGGUUGCUGAGCCAGCGCCUAAAAUUGAGGCUGCUGCCACUAAAGUUAAACCUGCGCCUGCCCCCAAAGUAGAGGUUGCUGCGCCUGCCCCUAAAGUUGAGGCUGCUGCGCCUGCGCCUAAAAUUGAGGCUGCUGCGCCUGCGCCUAAAAUUGAGGCUGCUGCCACUAAAGUUAAACCUGCGCCUGCCCCCAAAGUAGAGGUUGCUGCACCUGCCCCUAAAGCAGAGGCUGCUGCCACCAAAGUUAAACCUGUGCCUGCCCCCAAAGUUGAGGCUAAUGCUGUCCCUUCCCCUAAAGUCAAACCUGCCCCUUCCACUAAAGUUGAGGCUGCUGCGCCUGCCCCUAAAGUUGAGCCUGUCCUUGCCCCUAAAGUUGAGCCAGCACCUGUUCCCAAACCACUUAAAGCCCCAUCCAUACUGGAACCAGUCAUCAAGAACGACAAGGGGUCUGGCACUGAAUCUGACAGUGACGAAUCUGUUCCUGAUCUGGAGGAGCAGGACUCUGCGCAAACACAGACACAGCAGGCACAGCUUGCAGCUGCAGCUGAAAUUGACGAGGAACCUGUUAGCAAAGCAAAACAAAGCAGAAGUGAGAAGAAAGCCAGGAAGGCCAUGUCCAAAUUGGGGUUGAGACAAGUUGCUGGUGUUACCAGGGUAACCAUUCGCAAGUCAAAGAACAUUCUCUUUGUCAUCACCAAACCAGAUGUCUACAAAAGUCCAGCUUCAGAUACUUACAUUGUCUUUGGUGAGGCCAAGAUUGAAGACCUGUCACAGCAAGCUCAGUUGGCAGCUGCAGAGAAAUUCAAGGUUCAAGGAGAAGCCGUUUCAAACAUCCAGGAAAAUACACAGACGCCCACAGUACAGGAGGAGAGCGAAGAGGAAGAGGUUGAUGAGACCGGAGUGGAGGUCAAGGACAUUGAGCUGGUCAUGUCACAGGCCAAUGUAUCGAGGGCGAAGGCUGUGCGUGCAUUAAAGAAUAACAAUAACGACAUUGUCAAUGCUAUUAUGGAAUUGACGAUGUAGAUGGAGAUCAGGGACUGGGUCACAAUAAGAUGUUGCUGAUUUGAUCUACACUAUUGUUUGUACAAUUUAUACCCAAGAGAAAUAAAGGAGUGAAUUGAAGAAA